AUGGCGAUUCUGGUCAACAUACGAUGGUUUAGGUCCACAGACGGCAGUUCUGGUCUACAGACGGCGGUUCUGGUCCACAGACGGCGGUUCUGGUCCAAAGGCGGCGGUUCUGGUCCACAGACGAUGGUUCAGAUCCACAGACGAUGGUUCUGGUCUACAGGCGACGGUUCUGGUCCACAGACGGCGGUUCUGGUCUGGUCCACAGAUGACAGUUCUGGUCUACAGACGGAUGUUCUGGUCCACAGACGGCGGUUCUGGUCCACAGACGACAGUUCUGGUCAACAGAUUGCGGCCCCGAAUGGCGCGCGUGUGUCUUGUUGCUGUGAACGGGAUAUUUUAGGAGCGUUCGGAGCUCUCCGCCCGUCUGUAGGUGUUUACUUCAGGAACCGACGCGGACUCGAACCUGCGACCCGGGAGGAGGGUCGAAAUAUCGGACGCUGGAGAGGACGAGGUCAAAUACAGCAAGAAGAGCGCUGUUUCACCUGUGUCACCUGUUUUACUGGAUUUACUGGUUUUACUGGUUUUACUGCACAGGGACGAGUGAAGCAGCCUGAGGGUGAUGAAGAGGCUCAGAUUAACGCCGAUCUAAACUCACAAAGCUCAGCGUCAGCUUCUGAACACCAGCAGCAGCUCCUUCCCGGUGAGAGACCUCACCAUUCAACAACGUCGAAAGUUGCCUACUUCAAGAGGAAAUAUGCGGAGGAGGAGGAUCUGCACGGAGGUCUACAUGGAUAUUUUCAAAAACACUUGAUACUGCAGGAGGACCGGAGUUGCAUCCUGAAGCUGUCCCUGGAGAAGCUGAGGUUCCUGGAGGACUCCGAGGCUUACCUGAGGCGCUCCGUCCUCAUUAACAAUCUGUUGAGGAAGAUCCACCAUGAGGAGGAGGAGCUGGAGACAGAGGAGGAAGAGGUGGAGAGGCGGUACCCGGACAGGAAGAGGGUGAAGGUGCUAGUGACGGACUGCUGCUCCCCAGCCUUCAGCCUGGAGGAGAUGCAGCGUUACCGGCUGGUGCCCUGCUACCCACCAGCCACCUGCUUCUACAGCAUCUCCCCGAACCACCAGGUCCUCCUGCUGGAGGACAACGACUGACUGCCAUGCCUCUUCUCAACACAGAGAAACCCAGUGAGGUUCACAGUCAGCUGUACCAGAAACAGAAGCUGUGAUGCCUCCUUUUAACCCUCCAGUGGUGGAGAAACGAGGCCCGUGUGCCCCGCUUGGCGCUUCAGCAGGACGCCACUUCUUGUCAACCUUCUAGGAGGAAGCAGAGGAUGAAAGAAGGAUUCUUCUGCCUCAGGAUUUCUGCUGACUGUCUGUGUGGGAACUGAAGCUUUUCUUUUUAUUGAGCUCGUAUUCAUUUUUAUUGUUGCUCAUGUGACUGGUGAGCAUAUCAGGGAUUUACGGCCCGGAGGCUGCUUUCAGAGCACCUUGGGCUUGUGAGAGGAACAUUCACUGCUUCUGUGAUCUUUUUAAGCUGAAAUGUUUAGUGUGACAUUCCUGGAUCUGUGAAUUUCAUGCUGUGAAGAGACAGCACUUUGCUGCCCUCUGCUGGAGGAAAACAGGCCUUCCUGUGGCAGCUUUGGUUACUGAAACAGAAGAAAACGCCUUCAAUUUUAACCUCAAUUUAGCAUUUUUAAAUGAUGUGAUGAAUACCUUUAUUUUAAAUACAUCCUGUGAGGAGAUAUGCUGUAUGGUCCCAUCAGUGUAUUUGUCUUAUCCUGCCAUUUUAUACACAUAUUUAAGAUAAAUAAAAAAGACACUACUCUCAUACAAAUGGUACAAUAUAUGCUAAUUGUUCAUGAAGUGGCAUUAAGCAGCAUCAUAUUUGAUCACACUCAGUACUGUUUCUCCCAUAAAAAACAAAAUAUUUUUAUCAUUAAAGCUCUGCCCUUUUUUUCAAGCUUAAUUUCAGUGAAGAAAAUGAGGCCCAGUGGCUGAUAUAUUUCACUGUUUGAUGUAGUAAAAUGUUCUUUAUGGAGCUGUGUGACUCGCUCUUCUUUCAGUCUGUUGUUGCUCCCUUUGACUGUUUACAGACUUACGUCACUAAAUAUCUGCACUGAAAAUAAAAAGAAAAGCAGCUGUUAAA